AUGAAGGAUGCGCCACCAAAUAUUGAACUUACCCUCCUCACCCAACUCACCCAUCGAUUGCAGGCACCUAAGGACGUCUUCACCACCCAACGCCGCCGCAACAAACCUAACGUCAUAGUCGAGCAAACAAGGCCUCCAAGCAAAAGAACGAUCAUUCACGAGUGUGAAGGGGGGCAGAUUGAUAGGAACCUGCUAAUUAAAGAGUAUCUUUUAUUUCUUUCUAGAGGUAGGAGAGAAUGGAACCACCAACUAAAGGCUUAA